AUGAUGGGCCCAUCGAGGAUGCUGUACAAUUCGUACAAAUUCCUGGUGUUGGGCUUGAUGGCCUCGGUGUUUUUCGAUGAUUCGGCCGCACAUUCAAUCAAGAAGACGCGCGACGCGUCUGAAAGCCGUCAACGCAUAUCUCUCAAUGCCAAUUGGCGUUUUGAGCGUUUUACGUCUAAUCCCGAUGGUUUGAGCUACGACAUCUUGAAGCCAUGGAUCAUGCCUACGGCAAACGAGUUCCUCAGCGAAAAGAAGUAUGACCGCCCUGCCGGAGAUGCGCCGGGCGCAAAUGUCAGCUAUGUACAAUCAAGCUUUGACGACGCAGCCUGGGAGGCUGUCACCCUGCCGCACGACUGGGCUAUCUCGGGGACUUUCGAUACGCCUGGUGUAUCUGGUGAUCUGGGAUUUCUUCCGAUCAAUGGAGUUGGGUGGUACCGCCGCAUGGUCUCAAUGGAUGCCGAAAUCAUUAGCUCUGGCAAAUCGAUCUACUUGGACGUAGACGGUGCCAUGGCAUAUGCUGCAGUGUGGUUAAAUGGUCAUCUCGUUGGCGGAUGGCCUUAUGGGUACAACUCUUUCCGCCUCGAUCUUACACCAUACGCCAAGGCGGGAGACAACACACUCGCUAUCCGACUUGACAACAAAUUGGAAUCUUCGCGUUGGUACCCAGGUGCGGGAAUCUAUCGCAACAUCUGGCUUGUGACCGUCAGCCCGGUCCAUGUUGGACACUAUGGAACCUACAUCACCACCCCAAGUGUCUCGGCUACGGAGGCCACUGUUAACAUGGUUCUUGAUAUCCAAAACAAGGGAAACAAUAGCCAAAGCGUCGAGGUGGUUACCGAGAUCUAUGAGCGCGACGCUGCGACGAAGAAGGCUACGGGUGCUUGCGUAGCUACCUUCCCAACAGCGAAGACAGAUGUGGCAGGUCUUACUAAGCAAUCUGUGAAUGGCUCCGUCGUGGUUGCCAAUCCUAAGCUCUGGGGCCCAUUACCAGAACAGACGCCUAACGAGUACGUUGCCAUCUCCACCGUGUCGGUCAACGGCAUGGCGGUAGAUACUUACGAAACCAACUUUGGUAUCCGAUCAGUCAGAUUAGACAAGGACCAAGGGGUUUUCAUCAACGGAAAAUACACCUAUGUCAAAGGCACUUGCAAUCAUCAUACUCUUGGUUCGUUGGGUGCGGCGUGGAACACACGAGCUGCCGAGCGCCAGAUCGAAGUCUUGCAGGAAAUGGGUAACAACGCUCUUCGCACUUCGCAUAACCCACCUGCUGCCGAAUUCCUUGAUCUCGCAGAUAGCAUGGGCUUGAUGGUUAUGGAUGAGAUUUACGAUACGUGGAGCUUUGGCAAAGUCGAUAACGACUUCCAUCUCAUAUUCCCUGAGUGGCACGAACCGGACCUCCGAUCUUUCAUUCGCCGUGACCGCAAUCACCCAUCUAUCAUUUCCUGGAGCGUCGGAAACGAGCUUCCUGAUCAGAAGAACUCAUCUGGUACCGCGACCGGAAAGGCACUUCAGGAUAUUGCCCACGAAGAAGAUCCCACUCGUCUGGUAACCCUUGGCAUGAACAAUGCUGGUCCAGACACAGGUCUCGCUGCGGAGAUCGACAUAAUUGGCCUCAACUACCAAGGGGAGGGUAAAGGGACAUCCUGGCAAAGUACUUUCCCUGCGUUCCAUGAGAAAUUCCCCGAAAAGAUGAUCUGGAGCACUGAAUCUUCAUCCUGUGUCAGCUCUCGCGGCGUCUACACUUUCCCAGUUACACCCAACAAAAGCGCCAUUGUUGGUGGACAUACCGGCGAAGGCGGUGAUAUGGUAAACAGCCAAGUCAGCUCAUACGACCUUUACGCACCCGAAUGGGCUUCCUCGCCGGACAAGGUCUUUGAAAUGCAAGAUAGACACCCUUACGUUGCGGGUGAGUUCGUUUGGACAGGAUGGGAUUACAUUGGCGAACCUACGCCAUACUCCAACACCUCCAAAAGCUCUUUCUUUGGCAUGAUCGAUCUCGCAGGCUUCAAAAAAGACCGCUUCUACCUGUACCAAGCACGCUGGCGCUCGGAUCUUCCCAUGGCUCACAUUCUUCCACAUUGGACUUGGCCAGAAGACCGCGUUGGAGAGAUUACUCCCGUGCACGUCUACACCUCUGGCGAUGAAGUAGAACUCUUCGUCAAUGGCAUUACUGCUGGACGACAGACAAGAGGGAAAUACGACUACAGACUUCGAUGGGACGGUAUUCAAUACAAGCCCGGGAAUGUCACCGCUGUUGCCUACAAGAACGGUACUGAAUGGGCUAGGGAUACUAAGCUUACAGCCGGCGCCGCAAAGUCACUCAAUGUAACUGCAGAUCGCAGUACCAUCACCGCAGAUGGAUACGAUCUCUCCUUUGUGAGCGUGGAAGUACUCGAUGCCAAUGGUAUUCUGGUUCCUAUGGCAAACCACGCAAUUACUUUUGAGGUGACGUCUGGCCCGGGUAUGAUUAUCAGUACCGAUAACGGCGACCCAACGGAUCUAGUGCCGUUCCCGGAGUUGACGAGAAAAGCUUUCAACGGUAUGGCAUUGGCGAUUGUGCAGGGUGAAGUUGGUAACACUGGGGAGAUUGUCAUUGAAGCCAAGUCAGAAGGAUUGGAGAGUGGAAAGGUUGUUGUGAAAACUGCGUAGUAGAGUAGACUGUAGUAGACUGUAGUAGAAAGAUAAUGUUAAAUCUUAGUGACAAAAA